AUGAAAUCAUCUUAUUAUUUGGAUCUUUUGCGAGGACAAUGUCAAGAAUUACCUGAUGUUCGAUCGAAAGUUGUACGAGUUUUUGUUAGUUCGACAUUUACAGAUACAUUAAUAGAACGAGAUUCUUUAAUUGAAAAUAUCUUUCCUAGACUUAAAAAUUAUUGUCGUGAAAAAUAUGGAUUAGAAUUUCGGUAUGUCGAUAUGCGAUGGGGUAUUCAAAUUGAAUCAGCAAAUAAUCAUGAAGAAGUUGCAACAUGUUUAAAAGAAAUUGAAUUAUGCAAAAAAUAUUCUGUUGCUACGAAUUUUGUGGUUUUACUUAGUCAUCGUUAUGGUUCUCGACCGAUUCCAGCUCAAAUUCGUGCAUCACUUUUUGAAUUAUUAAAAGAAACUGUUUGUAAUGAACAAAAUGAAAAUAAUGAAGGAAAAUUAUUGACUCAAUGGUAUCAACUUGAUACGAAUUCUAUACCACCUACAUAUAUUUUAAAAAAUAUUUCAUCUAUUAUACCGAAUUUUUUAUCAAAAAAUACAGAUGAAAUAAAACAAGCAGAUAAAGAAUGGAAAAAAAUCAAUAAUUGUCUAAGACAAUGUCUCCGACAAGCAGCAGAAACAUGUCUUCAACAAGGACAAAUUACUGAAAUUGAUUAUGAUGAGUUUUUUAUAUCAAUUACGGAAAAAGAGAUUAUCAAUGGAAUUUUAUCAGCAGAAGAUGCUAAUGAACGUACUUUGUUUUUUACGUGA